AUGGACAAGAUAAAUCUAUUCUUCUUGCUAAUUGAUGAUCAAUCAUUAGUUAUGAAUGAACGAAAUUUAAUUGAAUCACAAAUUCGUCGUCAUCCAAAUCCUAUACAAAUAAUUCCUGCUAUUCUUAAUUCAAAUCCUCAAGCUUAUAAAAAUACAAGCAAAUUAAUAUCAUUAUCAUUAUAUCUUCUAACUGGAAAUAAACAAGAUAAAAAAGAUCGAUGUGUGUUUUAUAUUGCUGAACAUUGUCUUAAAGUAAUUCAUUUUCUUUAUUUUAAAUGA